AUGAAGGUGGUGGUCAUAGCGCGAAUCGCGGCUCUAGCCUGCCUAUUCCUUGUGUCCAUAGAAGGAUCGCCGAAAUUGUUUAAUUACAAUUGUGGAAUAGUCCCAGGCAUGGGUCCGCGGAUCGAAAACGGGAAUAACGCAAGAGAGGGCUCACAUCCAUGGAUGGCUUUGGUGUUCUUGGAGAAUAAGCAUAAUUGUAGCGGAACGCUUAUCACCUCUCGUUUUGUUCUAACGGCGGCUCAUUGCAUCAUUAAAGAGUAUAUGAAGGUUCGGUUGGGAGAGCAUGAUUUGACUAAUACUAAAAAUACUAAUGCUAUUGAAAGAGAUGUCGAUAUGAAAAUUGUUCACAAGGAUUACAACUACCAGAGGAAUGACAUAGGUCUGCUCCGCAUGAAAACUGAAGUAAACUUCACAGCCUACAUAAUACCGAUCUGCCUCCUCUAUAAAUAUCCAGUAGGAGCCGUUUCAAACUUUUCUAUUGCUGGCUGGGGUACAAAUGCAAAACGGGUCCGUCAACCUAUUCUACAGGAGGCCAACGUUCAACUUUUUAACCGUUCGAUAUGCGUAAACAGUUUUUUUUCGGAUGACAAUAUGUCACAAAUAUGUUCCGGCGAUAUCGGCAUCGACUCUUGUGAGGGAGAUUCUGGUGGGCCUUUGAGCGCAACAGUAGUGAAUGAAAACUCUAAUAAGGAGUUAAUCUACCAGAUUGGUAUUAUCAGCUACGGUCUUCCUAGCUGUUCAGGCUUAGGACUUUAUACGAAUGUAACUGAUUUUUCGGAGUGGAUUUUGCGUGCUCCGGUAAGGGAAUGGCAGUCAACUCUUCAAGUCAAUGCCGGAGUCAAGUCAUCGUCUGGCGUCCUGUCAGCUGCUUUGGCUGUCCGCCGGAGCCUGCGGGCCAACUUCUUGCCUCAAAUAGCCGAUGGCGAUGGCAAAGAACCGCCAACAAUUCCAAAGCAGCGGCAGCAAAAGCAACAACAACAACAGCAACAACAGUGGAAGACAAAUACUGGUAAAAGCGAAAAAAGCAACAACAACUGCAUUUUAGUUGCGCCAUACCAAAUGGCCGUCGGCAAGGGCUACACUUGGAAAAAAUCAUUUCAUUAG